AUGGCAUCCGUCGAAGAGCUCAAGGCUUUGUACGAGGGACACAUUGUCCCUCGGUCUUUCAAUGCAGGCUAUGUGGCCCUCAGUUACGUCGUGAGCUUCAUCGGCGCAAUGUCAACCCUCGAAUUGAUCAACCGUCGCACCGCGCCGAGAGGUCUAUUUAACCACAUCCUUCUUGUUGGUUCGGCCGUCACCAUGGGCGGCGUGGCUAUCUGGUGCAUGCAUUUCAUCGGUUCUCUAGCCAUCGUCCUAGCCGACGGCGAACACCUCCUCCAAAUCGUGUACUCCUCCAAGAUCACCGCCGCUUCCUUCUUCGUUCCCAUCAUCGUCCUGGUCAUCGCUUUUGUCGCCAUUGGUGCCGGUUCGCAGCCAAGUUGGAUUCGCGUCAUCGGCUCCGGUGUGCUUGCCGGCAUCGCCAUCUGCGGCAUGCAUUACCUCGGAAACGCCUCCAUUGCCAACUACACCUGCAUCUACCAGCCUGGCUACGUCGUCGGCGCUGCCCUUAUUGCCGUCGCGGCGAGCACGAUUGCGCUGUUCCUCUUCUUCGUCUACCGAGCGGCUUGGGCCAACUCGUGGUGGAAGACACUCGGCUGCGGUGUUCUUUUGGCUGGUGGUGUCUCGGGCAUGCAUUGGUGUGCUGCCGUAGGCACCGCAUACAGGCUGAAGAGCGUCUCCGCGGGCGGGAGUGGUAUGUCGCGGACGGUCACGGUCAUCGUUGUGAUUGCUUUGUCCGUUGCCACUUGCCUUAUCAUGGCUGGUACUGCCAUUUAUACUGCUCGAGUCCGCAGGCAAGUUGCCAACAAGGCCCAGCAGGUGGUCCUCGCAUCUGUUAUCUAUGAUCAACAUGGCCGUAUCCUGGUGAACCGUAACGGCCUCUUGCCAAGCGAGAAGAUCACCGACACUUUUAUCGACAAGACCUCCAAGGAAAGAUUUGAUUCCGGCAGCCCUCUUUUCCAGUGGAUGUUCCAAGCGUCUCGCAACUGGUCUGGAAUACAACCACUUUUGGACGGCAUGAUGAACCAUCUUGCUCAGCUACCCCGCCAAGGCCGUGACCGCGACGCCCGCACAAACAUCAACCUCGUCAGCGAGCACGGAGAGGUUGUCAAGAAAUUCGACGUCAUCUUCCGAGAGCUUUUGCGUCGCCGCGGCGACACUAUCUCACCAUCCAUCGACGAGUCCCUUAGCAGCGGUAGUAAAGCCGCUAGCAAGGUCAACAUCAGGGACAUCGAGAAGGAGGCCGCCAGGAAAAAGAAGUCGCAGGGACGGGCUACCGGCUCGCUCAUGCUGCUCGUCAAACAAGUCCAGAGUGACCGCGACGUCGAGAGGCUCGGUGCUGCCGGUUAUCGCUUCGCCGAUGUCAAUCAAGUUGCGGCCCACAUCACGACAAGCAUGCAGAUCAAGGAUCCCAACUUUGAAAAUAAGCUCCAGCUGUUGGCCAAUUACAGCGACACGAGAAAUACUCUCGAGCCUGGCCCCCACGUCGGCCUCUUCGCUAUCCGGCCUCGUUCUACUGGCGCUGGCUACGAUAUCAUCGUGCGCAAGAGGGCCAAAAAUCUCUUACCCAGCGUCCCCCUCCCCGUCGGCAAGCUUACUUCAUCUCAUAUCGAGUUCCUCCGACGCCUAGACCGCGCGAGCGGACUCUGCGCUUGGGUGGGCGACAAAUGCAUAGAGGAGGCGCGCCUAACGGCCAAGCUCCUCCGUGUUCCUAACUUUGUCCAGCGCGGCGCGGGCCCUCCGCCCUACAGCACCAUGAUUGCCCUCCGCGUCGUCAUCCCCGCAGAGUCGAGGGUGGUGAGCGCCAACUGCAGCCUCGUACCCCUUAGCUUCUUCAAGGUCCGCCAGCUCACGGCGCCCGGAAACGCCAGCAACGCUGCCUUCACGCGCGCAGUGCACAGGGAGCUCGGGCCCAUCAUUAACUCGGCACCCAAGCGGACGACCCAGGCGCAGCGCGGAACCGUCAUGUUUGGAAACAAGAAGCUGCCCGGCAAGCUGCGCAUAUUCAGGAAAGACGGAGAGCACUCGACGCUCAAGCUGUGGGGCAGGCGCAGCGCGGAACACCAGCAGCAGCAGCACGGCGGAAUGGAUUCGCCGUACGACAAGCCGCCUCCGCAGGCGCUCUCCAUGCUGGGCGGCAUCAUGAUUUCUCAGGAAGUCACGGUGGCCGUCCACAGCGUGCCCGAAGGCGGCGGCAGCCGCUCGUCGGACGACGGGAGCGCGGGUGAGCGGGCGAGCCAUUCCUCGGACGAGGGCCGGCGCGAGGCAGGCAUCGAGCUGGCGCCGCUUAAGGGAGGAAAGGGUAUCUCGUCGAAUAUCGAGGCGGAGAGGUUCAGCGAGCUGGUGACGUUUGUGGAUGAGCUUUACGCGCUUUGUGUGGAGAGGACGCCGUAA